CCCGAACAGACGAACAACAAAAAUGGAGUUGUGAACUAGUAGCAAGUUAGCACUCAAAGGACGUUCAUUUUCAGUUUUUGUGUAAUUACCUUUACAUGAGUGGAAGUUUCCAGCUGAAUGAGGUGGCGUGAUGCGAUCAUAUCGAAGUCAUACGUAGUUUAUGUUUUAUAGCGGUCGUAGGAAGCUGUCGAACGGCUAGUUAACGAGCGAAGAGCGUGACUCGGACAGAAAUGGAGAAGUCAGAUUUCCUGAAGGGACUACCUGUCUACAACAAAACUAACUUCAGCAGGUUCCAUGCAGACUCAGUAUGUAAAGCAUCAAACCGCCGACCAUCUGUGUAUCUUCCAACUCGGGAAUAUCCAUCAGAGCAAAUCAUUGUCACAGAGAAGACAAACAUCCUAUUGCGAUAUCUUCAUCAACAGUGGGACAAAAAGAAUUCAGGAAAAAAGCGAGAGCAGGAACAAGGAGAGGGGGAGAACACGGCGCCUCCACGGAAAGUUGCCAGAACAGACAGUCAUGAGCUGAAUGAUGAUUCGUGAAUUGCUGUGAUGUUGAUGCACGCCCAGCAGAGACUGACAUUAACAAACAAACAAAAUGCACACAGAUGCAGAACAUAUGUUUGACAAACCCAGGCGUUCCAUACAUUGCAGACCACAGCCGGCAUGACAUUAAUCCCAAAAAACAUUGGUCUUAAUGUUUGCAUAGGACUUCAGAUUCUUUAACCAAAAACAGUUUUCUUCUGUUUAUUUACUACUUUCACCCAGAAUUUCAGUCUUUGUAGUGUAACAUACAUCUACCUCCUUAUUCUUCAACCCCUCUGGUUUUCCUUCACUUCUUCUCAGUUUUCUUUUAAAUAUGCAGCUCCUCUGCUGUUAUGUAAAGGUUUACAGCUGUAGCUAUUCAUACCAUCUCUGAUAUAUGCACGUUUUAAUUUAAGUCCAUACAAGUGAUUAAGUGGCGUGGCUUCUACAACAUACGGAAUUUUUAGUUUUGAAUUACGUAAUGGCAGUAGUCCAUAAAAUGUUAUUUUAGCUCAUCCUUUUUUGUGAUUACUGUCAUUACAGUAACUGGAAACAACUGCAUUGUGUUCGUUGUUUAGAUUUAAUCAUCCAUUCAGGGUUUGUUAUGGGUCGGCUGCAGAAAAAGACACGAGUGCUGAAAGAAAUGUUCUUAUGUUUUCUCCUGAUGAAUAAUGAUUUAUUGCCUUAAAUGAAAGUGGGUGUGUUUUCACUUUGUUUUAGAGUGACCCCUUGGUUUACGUUGUUUCAGGUGAAGAAAUGAACCACUGUUGAGUUGAAUGGAUAGCGUGUAAAGCCAAUAUGGUCAUACUAGAGGAUGCAAACUAUUUUUGUACAGUGUGACCUGGAGAUUUUGUAGCCAUAUUGUAAGUUUGAGGCUCAGUAGUUUGAGAUCACCACUUUAUAAGUAGCGCAUGUAUCUUUGUAAUUGCAAGGUUAGCACAAUUUAUGGAAUAGGUGAUGACUACAGGUAUGCUUAAAUUUACAAUUUAGCUGUACUGCUGUGUAGGCUUCUUGCAAGGACGGCUGUUAAUCCUUGUUGUAAAUGUCCCCUUCACAUUUGCUUAAAGAGGUUGCUCAUCUGAGUGACUUUGAGGAAAGGUGUGUUUGGAUCUACAAGUUUUUGACAGCAAGGUAAUAAGCUGCUCAUAAAGUCGGUGAAGCUCAUGAUGCUUCACACGUCAUGUAUAUUUGUACAGUAUGUAUAUUGUGAUUGUUCUGACCCUUUUUUAUCAGGUAACAAGACAACCCAUUCUGAUUUUGUCUUACCCAGGUUAGCCAUAUUGUUAUUUCAUUUUUAGCCAAUUUCUUCUUGUACAUUGGAGGGAUACAAGCCAGAGUUAAGUCAAUACAAACAAAAGCAUUCUGCUUAAUUUGCUUUGCACCAUUAGAACCCUCACAUUUUGCGCAUCUAUAAAGAGCAAUCUGCCGCAAAUUGUGUUUGCUGAACUAUCAAUGUUUGGCAUGACAGACAGUUUUGUCUAUUAAUGUACAUUUUUAUCUUUGUUACAUAUUGCUGUUCAAAGAUUACAGAGUAUAUGUGCAGUUUGGCUGCUUAUGUAAGUAGAAUACACACUGUAAGUUUCUCAAGUAUGACUUUAAACUGGAGACAUGAGGUUUUAUUGUACCGGCUCUUCAUAGAAGAGUGUGCUAAUUCUACUUUAGUCAUAUGGUUUGUACUACAUCACCUGAUAAAGUUUGGAAUGUGUUUAUUGUUAAAUGCUUAGCUUUGAGUUUAUUGUAUAAAUGUAUUGCCGUUCA